UUGCGCCAUAUAUUUUCCUUCCUCCAUUUGUUUGAGUCGGGAUCUCAGGACUCGGGAGUCUUAAAUGUAGGGCGCAACUCAUCAAGGAUCGGAGAACCAGAGACGAUUAAUAAGUGUGGUUGAUAGGAGAUAUUAUGACGACAAUAGCGAGGCAAGUCUGUAAGAUGAUACGGAGCCGACCAAAAUGGGAGACGACACUCCUGUCCGAGUUCCCUGCUACUGUUCUUUUUGACCAGAAUUGCGUUCAAGAGAUUAUUAAGUGUGAAGAUGAUGUACUUCUCUCGUUGCGUUUCUUCAACUGGAUUUGUUCGCAAGAUGGGUUCACUCCUGAUGCCAGUUCUUACAAUACCAUUUUCAGAAUCCUUCCGCAGGUCAAGGCUUCAAAAUCUGUAACAUCUCUUCUCAGUUCUGCCAAAUUUAUUCCUGAACCAGCUUUUUUGAAGUUUUUCAAUCAAUGUCUACGCAAAGAUGGAUCCGUAGAAGAAGCUGUUGAGAUUUUUUCUAAGCUAAGAAAACUUGGCGGUAUGUCUCCUUCAAUUGAAGUUUGGAAUACUGUGUUAUUGGGUUGUCUUCAGGUAGAGAGGACUGAUCUUGUUUUGAAUUUGUACAAUGAGAUGAAGGCGUCCGGUCUCGAGGGCAAUGAGGUUACAGUUGGAUAUUUGAUUCGAUCCUAUUGUAAGAAUAACAAGCUUAGUAAAGCUGACGAAGUUCUUCACCAGUUUCUUGAAAGGAGAGUUGUUCCCGAUGUUAAUGCUUUCACCAAAUUGAUUUCAGGGUUAAGCAGGAAAGGGAAAUUUCACAGAGUUUGUGAGCUUCUUCGUCGUAUGAUUGCAGCGGAUCGAUUGCCAAGUAUGUUUUCUUAUCAAGAGAUCAUUCACGGGCUGUGCAAAAACAAAAUGGUGGGAGAAGCUUUUCGGAUAUUCGAGGAACUGAAGGUGAGAGGUUAUUCACCAAACGGUAUUAUGUAUGAUAUGUUGAUUUAUGGUCUCUGCAAGAAUGGUCAAAUGGGUGACGCGGAGAAACUGUUUGUCGAGAUGACUUCCAAUGGAUUUGUUCCAAAUGAGUACAGAUACAAUGUACUCAUUCAUGGAUAUUUUGGCAUUGGUAAGUUGAGGGAGGCUUUGAACCUAUACAGAAAGAUGUGUGAUAGCGGCCUUAAAGAGAGUGCAUUAAGUUACCGCACAUUGAUUAGAGGGAUGUCGCUAAAUGGAAGAAUGUGUGAAGCGAUUGCUUUUUUUGAUGAGAUGUUGAUAAAAGGACUUCAACCUGAUGUUAUUAUCUAUAAUGUUAUCAUUCAGGGAUUUUGUGAGGAUGGAAAGUCGAGUAAGGCUAUGGAUAUCUACAAAGAACUCCUCCGGGUAGGUUUGCAGCCUUCUGCUUAUACUUACACCCCACUGAUUAGGGCUCUUUCUGACGAGGGAAAUGUGGUAGAAGCAAUAAGGAUGCAGAACGAUAUGUUAAGUAGGAACUUGGAGCCGUGGGUUUGCACUCAUGAUUACAUCAUCACUGGAUUAUGCAAAAGUGGAAAUGUCGCUGAAAGCAUGGAUAGGUGGACUAAGAUGUUAGGGAAUAAAUUGAAACCACAAGAGGAAACUUUUGAUGAAUUAAUCAAAUGCCUGACUUUGAAUGAUCGACUGGAAGAUGCCGUAUUAGUUUUAACUUCUAUGUCUACAUCAGGAUACACUCUUCGGAAACCUACUUACGAACUUCUAAUGAGUGAAUUUACUAAGUCUGAUUCUUUCCAAGCUGUUGAAUGUUUAAAAAGGUUCUUGGGAAGUAAUUAGAGCUUCAGAGGUUUUUGGACACAGCAUGUGGUUAUUUUUUAAAACGUUUGACUCUAGCGCAUUUAAGAUUCUCAAAUUAGUAUUAGGAGGUGAAACUUUGUACUACAAGAUAUUUGCAUUUUUGGAAAUAAAUUAGAUUCUUUAUCAUGAAGAAUUUCAAGUUGCUGUCACAUAUAUCCCGGUUUCUUGUAGAUUGCUGAAUUUAUGUGUAUGGUAGAGCUAGCCAGUAAAGACCAAUGCACAGUUGAUAGAUUGGGGUACAGGGUUGGAAGUCUUUGCUUCUUAUGAGGAGGGCAGACAUCAGAUGGUCAUCAACUCAUCGUGCUUUUGAUUUAUCAGAAUAAAAUUCAACAGUCAACAGAAGUUAAUGCUAUAAGAUCUGAAGUAGGCAAUACAAGAUCUUGAUAUUUAUUUAUGAAACAUCAGCAUCAUCUUUCACAUUCAUAAACGAGAAACUUGGAGAUCCUUUAUCUGGCUAUGUAUUAGUUUCAGCACCUCAUGGAACAUACUGUGGUGUCUUUUAUCUCUGGCAUCUCACAGUGAACGAAUGGGGUCAAAACACGUUCUAAGCAUAUAAAAGACCUCCCACAUUCAGUCCGGAAAGAAGUUUGCUAUCGUGUGGAAGAUUGAAAUCGUCCGGAUGAUUAAUAACUGAUAGCAUAUACAUAUUUGCAUGGUAUGGUAUGAUAUGCCAAGGCGAAGAGAAGCUAACAUAUGUGGCAAAAUACAACAUUCAAGGUUCAAGUCUGAAUUCAACACUCAAAUUUCAUCUACCUUCGAUCUGUUCACUGAUGCAAUUGCUGAAGAGUCAAGGUGGAUACUGAGGACUACAAAUUAAUAGUUGCGCGAGGCUCAAAAGGGAAUCUAGCUGCAACAAAAUUCUCAGAGACCUCGAGAAGGAAUACUGCUGUAAUGGUAUUGCUAUCCAAGUCCCAGAGUUAGACCAGGUCAUUCUACUUCAAGGUGAUGAAUACAAGAACGUAUCCACCUUCCUGGUUCAGACUUCUGCCACCAACAUAGCUUGAAACCUACAAGAAGUUUUCACGUCAAGGGUGUCAUGUCCUGGACUUGGCAUACGUAACAUGCCUCCAAGAUCCCUACAAAUGGUCUACUUGCUUUUCUGUUUUGUCACCCUUGCAGGACCUUGCAAUUGCAUUGGGCAGUUAGUCAGCAAAUUGAUCAAGUUUUUAUUAAGAUGUGUACUCAGUUUUAAAUUCAUUGUUUGAUUUAAUUUUACAA